AUAAAAUCUGUAGCCGUAACAUGGUUAUGGGACUGUCCAGUAAAGUGUACAAUUUUUACUUGAGCACAGUUCCAGUAAGGAAUGUUCAACUGUCGGUCAUUGGUGCUGCAAGCGACAUCGGAUCUAAAUUAGCAUUAUUACUUAAGAAGAACGACAAAAUCACCAAACUAAAUAUUUACGAUUAUGAUUCUAAAAUCCAUGGUCUAGCAAUUGAGCUGAAUCAGAUUCCUGGCGGUCCUACCGUGUCCUCCUAUGAUGGCGAGAAAGAUUUACCGGCGGCGAUUACUCAGUCCAACCUUAUACUCAUGGUGGCCAGAACUCAUCCCACGAAAGGUGUCACAAGUAGCACGAUGCUGCAGGCCAAUGCACCUGCUGUUCAGAAGCUAUGCAAAGCGAUUUCUGAAAACAAUCCAGAUGCAUUUUUGGCUAUAUCAACUAAUCCAAUAAAUUCUAUGAUGCCUUUUGCGAGUGCUAUGUUGUAUAGGUACAACUGCUACAAUCCGUUCAAAAUUUUUGGUAUCACACACAUUGACACUGCUAGGGCUAGAUCGUACGCUGGGAAAACGUUACAAGCGAAUCCUCGACAUUUACAAAUACCUGUGAUUGGUGGUCAUUCCGAGCAGACGGUAGUCCCUUUAUUUUCCAAUUUAACACCGGAUUUCUACACCCUAGACAUUGAUCAAGCGGAUCUUUUGACGAGACUAGUGAAGAAAGCUGACACAGAAGUUUUAAAUUUGAAAGGUGGAAACGAAUCGGCAGUCGUAUCUGUAGCGUGGUCCGUUUACGAAUUUGCGGAAGGAUUGGUGGACGCUCUUUGGGGACACGAAGCUGAGGUACACAGUUUUACAGCCAACCCUCAUUUUGGUACGAGAUUUUUCGGAGGACCCACAAUUGUAGGCCCUCACGGCAUAGUAAGAACAUGUUCAAAUUUCCAAAUGAGUAAUUUGGAAUGUGGACUUCUGAGUGACGCUGUUUCAGUAAUAAAUAAAGAUGUUGCGUUAGGAGAAGACUUAUGUGGCGCUUAUUAUUAAAAUGAUAUUGUUUGGUCACCUUUAAACUUGGCAGUACUUUAAGACUAACUUUCGAGAUAUCGUUACUAUCUGAAGUAUUUAUCGUCCUUGUUUGUCUAUUCCGUUUUAAGAAAUUUUAUUAAACGUGACC